AUGUCAGUUGUUGAGGGUAGUUUAAAGUUUGAACAAUACAAUGAUCCUGAAAUUAUUCGUUAUACACAUUUAAAUAAUGGUGCUAAAUGGAAGGGAAUCUUAACUGUUGAGAAGUACGCUGAUAGAGAAGCUGUAUUGGGGCAAUCUAAAAUUGCCAAGAAGAAUGAGCAACCUGAUUUCCAGAAGAUGUUUCCUGAAUGUUACGAAUGGUUUGGUCUUAAAUAUUUUGUCUUGAGAGAUGAAUCGAUUGUUUGUUCUUCCGAUGAUCCAAAGAAAAUGAAACAGAUAGUGGCCAGUUGUGAAACGCUAAAUAGAUUGGGUUACUGCAUUCACCCAAACUCACAUGGUGAAAUCGAGCCUACUUUAGUUGCUUGUAUUGGUGGUGUUUUUACAUUACCUAACCAUCGUAAAAAAGGUUAUGCAGAAAAGAUGAUCAGUAGCUUAAAUCAGUACUACGAUAAAUUGCGUUCUGAUCCAAGUGCACCAAAGGCCAUAAAGAAUAUGAUUAUAAAUCUUUACAGUGAAGUUGGUGACUAUUAUGAAAGAGUAGAUUACAAAUCUUACCAUGUUCCAGUUCAUGAAAUUACUAAUCUGGAUUUAUUAUACUCCAAAUACUGUAACGGUAAAUUAGACUCUAAUGGCAAUUAUCUCGAAUAUGGAGCCUAUAGUGAUUUGAUCGAACUACAGGACACGAAAUUUAAAGAACAAUUAAUAGAAUUAAAUAAAAAAUUCCCAACAAAAUUCAUCUAUACAGUGAAACCUGAUAUUCAAAUUUACAGUUGGUUUGAAGAUAGAGAUCUGUUCAUUAAAAGCGAAGCACAAAGAGGUAACCCAGAUUCCAAUAUAUUUGGGUUCAGAUUCAACAAUGACAAUAGCCACAUUAUCUGGCACCAUGCAUGGAAUGACAACUGUUUAAUCAUAACUAAAGUUUACAUUGAUGAUGCCUGUCCUGAUAAAGAAGAAAGAUUAAAAGAGCUUAUUGCUCAUGCAAUCCAAGAGACUAAAUCACAAAAUCUAUCACAUUUGGAAUUCUGGGAUGAAGAACUAUCUAAACAGGAGUAUCCACAAUUGAACCAGAUAAUCACAGAAAUAGAGCCUGAUGCCAAUUUGUAUAAAGAAAACGGUUCUCUAAGUGCAGCAAGACCACCUCUUGGAGUCACAUCAGAAAAUUUGAUGUGGGAUAAUAACACUAAAUUCUGUUGGUUCUAA